GCCAAUAUUUCUUCACCUACUUCUCUAGAUUUCAGGUCCCCGUUUUUUGUUCCCGCGUGCAGUACACGUGCGAGAAGUUAAUGACUUCCAAUUUUUUUUCUCUUUUAAUUUAUUUCAAGUUUUAGAUAAGAACUUGGAAAAUUACAAGCUCUGACAUAAGUCCCAAAUUUAUAUACGAAGUUGUGGCAUACGAAGAGCCUCUCCUUUGUCCCCCCUUCCUCAAAAAAUCUCUUCCCAAAAAUCCCAAUUUCUAUUUUUUGCAACUUUCAAAAUUCUGUUAAAAUUAUUUUAUUUUUAAAAUUUUUUUAUUUUACAUAUUGGGAAUCUCUAUCAAAUGAAGUAUGUAAAUUACAAACUUCAGCUUACCAACCUCAUUACAUUUGCAGAUGGAAGGCAAUGAUAAUUCCAACCCUAAGGAUUACUAUAAAAUUUUGGAAGUUGAUUAUGAUGCAACUGAUGAGAAGAUUAGGUUAAACUACCGGAAGCUUGCACUGUUCCUUUGUUUAAAUAUUAUUGAGUUGACUGGAGAAUGUCUUACGAUGUUGCUACAGAAGUGGCAUCCAGAUAAGCACAAGGGUGAUAUUGCUGUUACUGCAAAGUUCCAAGAGAUAAAUGAAGCUUACAAAGUGUUAAUUGAUCCUGAUAAACGCUUUGAGUAUGAUUUAACUGGAAUACAUGAGAUUGAUAAGUAUACUUUACGGGAAUAUCUUGCCAGAUUUAAGGGAAUGAUUCUUACUUGCAACGGGCUUGGUAUUAGUCAUACAUCAAUGUGGACACAGCAACUAACAGAAACAAAUGAAUUUGCUGAUGAUUAAGGGCCACUGUAUGAACUGAAAGGAAUAAUGAUAUCGAUCUUUUUGAACUUAUCGAAGCUGAAAAUGCAUCUCAUCUUCUUUGUAUUAUUACACCUUCAAUUAUUGGCACAAUCUCAAUCGAAAUUAGGCACAUCAUCGAGUAGAAGAGACUGUUCAUGCUGAUGUGAGAUGUGUUUCAAUGAGGCAUGGUCUAGCUUGUAUGAGUUUGAUAGAGUAACCAAAUGUAUAAUUGAUUUAAUAGUUUAGACAUGGCAUUACUGAUACUGCCAUCUUACCUAUCUAAAUUUAUGUCGGGAGUUCUUUUCCA